GUUUACUUCCAUUUUGUUGGAGAUAACGUUUCUGCAUCAUCCAUGCUAAGAUUUGUCAUGGUGAUUUGAAGAUUUCUUUUAUGUCAUGGUGCCCAAAGCUGGUGGAUAUGAAGAUAUAUUUUCCCCUCUCUCGACAACUGUGUGCAACAUCAUGUGGACGGUGUGCAAUGUGGUGUUAAUAUGUGCAACAGUGUAUUUGUUGAUCGCUGCACUGCUCUGGUACUGAGAUCAAUUUUCUUAAAAUACACUCUUUUUCACUGUGGAUUAAUAAUUCUAUAUGACCAUAAAACCAAGCUCCUAUUUGACCGCUCACCCUUGUUCAACAUGUGCCAUAAACUGGAUAUUUAUGUCCCAGAGGUUAGUGAUUCAUUCCGUCUGCAUAAUACAUUAGAGCCAGCAUGUAAUCAAAUAAUGUGUUUGUGACUUGUAAACAUUAUGUUAAGCUAGCCAGUGGUUAAUAUCUUUACAAGGAAUUAUGUAAUAUUUAGACUUCCUGGAAGUUAUUUAAUAAUAAAUGGUUUUACCUUUGACAUCGUCCUUCAACCUCAAGCCCGACUGGAAUCAGUGAACACUCCAGAGACAAAUGGUAUUUGUUAAAUUCUGCAAGUUUUUCCCUGUGUUGUGGCAUGCUGCAAGUCUGGCUGAUGACUCCUAACAGCAGUGUGUGUUAAUAUUCAAUAGCUCUGCCUCCAGAGGGCAGCGCGAUAAUGGAAAGGAGUGUAACGGAAUUGGCCAACAUUGGACAAAUAGUCUGACUCAGCAGCAGCAAUGGAUAUACGCUAUAUAAGAAGUUGGUCGCCAGGUUGUGUGGAGACGAUUCCGUACGAUGGUGGUCAGUGAGGAAGCAGUGAAUAUUCUAUUUAAGUCGUGAUUAGGAGGAGAUAGCGCCUGGCAUUAUGGAGGGGUGUCUGAGACCUUUGUGUUCGGUUAUUGGAUGUACCAAACGUGGCGCCAGUUCCACUCCCGAUUGUACAGACAAUUCAGUUGAGGAUAAGAGACCACUGAAGAUGGCGACCGGCAGCCCCAACUACAAGAUCAUCUUGUGUGGGGAGUAUGGGGUCGGCAAGAGUUCUAUCUUCAGACGAUUCCGCAAUAAUACCUACAUUGAAGAAACAGGGAAGAAAUCUACCAUUGGAUUGGACCAGAGCACGCAGGUGUUUGAAGUCAAGGGUUCCGAUGUAAAGCUGACCUUAUGGGACACAGGCGGCAUGGAGAGGAUGAGCUUCAUCGGGUCGAGCUACUAUCGAGGGGCACAGGCGGCCUUGUUGUGCUACAAUGUGAAUAACAAAGACACCUUCACAAUCCUUUCCCAGUACAUCCUUGACAUUGUCAUGAAUGCUGAAGGUGCCAAGAUAUUCCUCUGUGGAAACAUGGCCGAUUCCAAUGGAGACAGUGAAACUGUCACGGAGAGCGACUUUGACGCUUUCAUGAGUGAGUGUGGCGACGUUUUGUCUGCCGUGUACCAAGUUUCUUGUAAAGACAAUGUUGGCAUCCAGGAAAUGUUCACCGAUAUGGCGAAAAUAUUACAUGAAGAGGCGAUGAGCAAAAUGACGAUUCGGCGAGACUACAUACGGCCGGGGGAAACUCCCGAUAAUUUGAAUGGGAAGAAAAAGUGUUGUUGAUGAUGAGUGCAUGAGUGUAUAUAUGGUCUGUAUGUGAUAUUAUCUCUUGAUGUUGCAAUAACCAGCCCUAUUGGUGAUGUGGUUCUUCAUAAUGGUUGCAUGGGUGGGUAUAUCCAUGAUCUUGGGCAAUGUGAUAUUGUCUGCAAUGAAGACUGGUGGUACUGUGUAUGGUCUUCUGAUGGAUGCUAUUGGAUGUUCUACAAGAUGUUGGUCUUCUGAUUGAUCCUAUUGGAUGUUCCACAAGAUGUUGGUCUUCGGAUGGAUGCUAUUGGAUGUUCUACAAGAUGUUGGUCUUCGGAUGGAUGCUACUGAAUGUUCUUCAAGAUGUUGGUCUUCUGAUUGAUCCUAUUGGAUGUUCUACAAGAUGUUGGUCUUCUGAUUGAUCCUAUUGGAUGUUCUACAAGAUGUUGGUCUUCUGAUGGAUGCUAUUGAAUGUUCUUCAAUUGGAUGUUCAUCAUGGUGACUGCAUAUGGAGGUGUUCAUGUGGUGUUCUUCUGUGGGUGCUUUUCAUGUCAUCCCAUCAAGCUGAUGUAGUGAUUCAAGUGAACAGACUUUGUGGUAUUACAAAUGUUCUCUGAGGAUGUGAUGUAACAAUUCAUCCAAGUUUUGGUGAAAUAUUACCUUCUGUGCCAUCAUGUACCUAUUCAGAGCUCCAGAUAUGCUCUGUAGUUGAGUAAAAUAUGCAAAAUAGAUCACCAUUACCCAAUUAAGUUUGAAUUGUUUGUGAACAAAUACCCUUGAAAGAUUUUUAAAAACUGAUAGUGUAA